CUUCCCUUCUGUCCGUCAUCCGUGCUGUUCCACAUUAGAUCUGAGUUGUAUGUGCCAUGCUGCAGCUGCAGGUGUUGCAUGUGUUGAUCUGCCACUGACAGUUUUGGUGGGCUGGCACUGCUACACCAGCAACACUACCUUACCUCCUACCCACUGCUGUAGACCGUCGACCUACAUUCCCGACGGCUAACCGAGUCCCCGCACACUUUCUCCAGCAAAGCUACCAAGUACUUAAGUAACUUGAGUAUACGCCACAUUCUUCAGUGCUCGAACCAUGGCUCCAGAGCGGUCUUCCAAGCACCGCGAGUCUGGUGAGAGGAGACACAAGAGCCGUCACUCCAGGUCCCACCAGCAUGCCUCCGGUUCAGAUGGCACAAGGUCUGGCAAUAGCUCCCGCCAGGCCUUGUCGAUGGAUGCCCUAGCCGCACUGAACGAGGCCAACACCCAGGGUUUCGCCAACCGGGAUGCCGAGGAGGAGGCCGAGAGAAGACGGCGCCAGGAGCGUCAUGAGCGCCGCGAGAGGCGAAAACGAGAGCAGCGUGCCAGCGCCGCGAGGGAUGAGUACCAACUUGUCGAGCCAGAUAGCCCGCGAGGGCACCGGACACGAGCAUCCAGGUCUUCUCAGCCGCCACCUCCACCUUAUGAGGAAAGGGAAGUCGACUCGAGGCACCACAGAGACUCGGGGGAAAGGAGGAAACAUCGCUCUUCCAGGACAUAUGCGCCACCACGGGACGGUCGUCAAGAAGAUGACGACGAUGAGGAGAGAUAUCGGCAGGAACGCAGGGAACGCAAACGACAAAAGAGAGUGGUUGCCAGCGCUGCACCACCCGCGGCGGCUCAGCCAAAGCCCGGUGGAUUCUGGCACAACCUCCGCGGCGGCGGAACGAAUACCUCAAGCAGUUAUCUCGGCUACAACGACAAAGAGGGUGCAUAUGAUGAUGAGCGGCCCAAAAAGCGGUUCUGGACCAGAAAACGAAUAUUGAUUGCUGCCGCGUUAUCAUUCAUCAUUGUCCUCAUUAUCGUCAUCGCUGCAGUAGUGGUCAGCAAGAAAAGCUCCGGGGGCUCUGGGUCUGGCUCGGGCUCCGGGUCCAGCACCAGCUGCCUAAAAUGCAAUUUACCGGAGAAAGGCAGCGUACCCAGUGGUGCUCCGGACUACUUGGAUCCAUUUCAAUGGUACGAUACCAUCGAUUUCAAUGUCACCUACACAGAUGUCCUCGUGGGCGAUCUGCCCAUCAUAGGCUUGAACUCGGAAUGGGACGACUCAAAGGCCCCGAACGAGCUUGUGCCGGCUCUGAAUGAGAAAUGGGGAUCCUACGCAGACCGACCCGCUCGCGGCGUCAACGUUGGAGGCUGGCUCUCGCUCGAGCCUUGGAUCACACCGGAUAUGUUCAACUAUCCUCAGACACUAGGGAUUGUGGAUGAAUACACCCUCUGCCAACACCUGGGCUCGAGUUGUGCUUCUACCCUAGAGAAGCACUACUCAUCCUUCGUCACCGAAUCGACCUUUGCCGAAAUUGCUGACGCAGGUCUCGACCACGUCCGCAUACCCUUCUCCUACUGGGCUGUCCAGACCUACGACGACGACCCGUACGUCUUCCGCACGUCAUGGCGGUACCUUCUCCGUGGGAUCGAGUGGGCGCGAAAGUACGGCCUCCGCGUCAAUCUCGACUUGCACGGCGUCCCUGGGAGCCAGAACGGGUGGAACCAUAGCGGGCGUCUAGGGGCGAUAGGCUGGUUCAACGGGACCAACAGCGCACAGAACGUCCAGCGGUCGGUGGACGUGCAUGACCGGCUGUCCAAGUUCUUCGGGCAGGAGCGGUACCAUAACAUCAUCUCGCACUACGGGCUGGCCAACGAGCCCAAGAUGACGGUGAUAUCCACGCCCGACGUGAUAGAAUGGACCGAGUCGGUGUACAGCAUGGUGCGCGCCAACGGCGUCAAGAACGCCAUCGUGGUGUUUGGCGACGGCUUCCGCGGGCUCGGCAACUGGCAAGGGGAAAUGACGGGCUACGGGGACAACAUGGUGCUUGAUGUGCACCAGUACGUCAUCUUCAACAGCCAGCAGAUCGUGUUCAACCACAGCGAGAAGGUCGAGUACGCCUGCCGCGGCUGGACGGAGCAGACGGAGCAGUCCAUGGACACGAGCACCGGGUUCGGCCCCACGAUGGUGGCAGAGUGGUCGCAGGCCGACACGGACUGCGCCCUGUACCUCACCAACGUCGGCUGGGGCAACCGCUGGACGGGGACAUACGACACCGGCAACGCGAGCGACCCCAACAACGCCCUGACGCCCAAGUGCCCGACCCAGGACGGCUCCUGCUCCUGCGCCAGCGCCAACGCCAACCCGAGCGACUACAGCGACGAGUACAAGCAGUUCCUGCUCUACUUUGCCGAGGCGCAGAUGGACAGCUUCGAGAAGGGCUGGGGCUGGUUCUACUGGACCUGGUGGACCAGCCAGGGCAACUGGCAGUGGAGCUACAAGCGGGGGAUGCAGGCCGGCAUCCUGCCCCAGAAGGCCUACGACCGGACGUUCCACUGCAACUCGACACAGAUCCCGAAUUGGUCUCCAGGUCUGCCUGAGACGUACUAGUCGGGAGCAAAGACGAGGGUGGUGGUGACACGGCUUUUGGGGGGAGUAGGUUGUACAUGAUUGAUGAUUAGGGUAUACCUAUGUGGAAACGCGGUGGGCAGCGUUCUUCAUGAUUUUCUGGCAUUGCAAACGGCGUAGAUUAAACAGGAAUGGCCGGAUGGCCUUCAAACUCUUCCAAGGCAUUUUGUACAUAAUCAACAUCCUCUAGAGACAACUUUAAUUAUGGAAUACAAUGAUAG